CUCGUUCAGCUUCUUCAAAGAUUCAGCACAAGAAACUCAACAAUGGCUUCCGUUAACCCCUUCAAUGGGUAUGACAAAAUAAGCCAAAGCCACCUCGAAGGUCAAAAGCCUCAACCGAAAGUCGCCCGAAGGCGUGCCUCAGCUGCCACCAUCAUCAUCGUCUCUGCGAUUCUCCUCCUCACUCUGGUCAUCGCCUUAGUCAUUACUGCUCUGAUGCUGGAAAAACACAUCAAUGACAGAGACCCCACCGGCUCAGUUGAGUCAGUCAAGACCAUCUGCAAUGUUACUCGAUACCCUGUGUCGUGUUUCACCACUCUAUCUCCUCUCAACGCCUCCAAAAACCCCGACCCUGAAGCCUUCCUCGACCUCUCUCUCCGAGUCUCCAUCACCCAUCUCUCGGAUCUCGCUUCUUCGUUCAAGUCCCUCAACGAUCUCCACUCACAUCCGGCUUUAAAAGACUGCUUGACCCUGUUCGAUGACGCCUUAAGUCAACUCAAUGACUCAGUUUCAGCAAUGAAGGCUAAGCCGGGAUUGACCAAGGGGAAGAUGAGUGAUAUCCAAACUUGGAUCAGUGCUGCAAUGACUGAUCAGGACACAUGUAAUGACGGGUUGGAAGAAAUGGGAUGGACGGCCGGUGAUGAAGUCAAAUCUCGAGCUCGACGCUUUAAAGAGUCUGUUAGUAAUAGUUUGGCCAUUGUUGCCAAUAUGCAGACUCUUGUACACAAAUUUGGUCUCACCAUGCACUGAUAUGCCUUAUUGGUGUUCUU